AUGCGCUGCGCGUCCGCACUCGCGCGCGCGAGCGCGCCCUUGAACGCGUGCGCGCGUCGAACGGGGCGCGGCGCGCGCGCGCGCGACGCGUUGGCGCUCAAACGCGCGACGGUUGGCGUUCGGCGAACGAUCGAAAUCGAAUCGAUCCGACCGAGGACGGCGGCGCGCGCGCGCGCGAGCGUCGCGACGCGCGCGUCGUCGCUCGAUGACGACGUCGUGGUCGUGCCGGGGGACUAUCGCGUCGGCGGCGUGCUGCUCGGCGUCGCGCUGCUCACGGGACCGGCGCUGCACCUCUGGACGCAGUUCUUGGUGCACGGGGUCCUGGGCGGAUUUCUCGCGUUUCAGGCGUCGCGCGUGCGAUUUCGGUUCACGCGAACGGAUCUGGAGGUGGUGUUCAUCGAACCGGGGGCGGAUGACUCGGCGGCGCUGGCGACGGACGUGGCGUCGAGCGGCGAUAAUAAACUGCAGGGCGGCGGGGAGAAUCGCUGGGCGUACGACACCAUCACGAAUUGGGAGUUCUGGUGGCCGGGAUUUCCGUGCUUGGUGUACUUUAAGGAGACGCAGACAAAGAGCGAUGGACAGCCGCACUUCUUUCCGAUCAUCAUGGAUGGGAAGAUGCUUUACGAGGUCAUGCUGAGCCGCUUGCCGCCGAGUCAAAACGAAAAGCCGUCGCCGAGCGAAUGGAGCUUGGAUUUAGCGCUCGAACAGACGCAAAUCGGGCGUCAAAUCAAAGAGAACUUGAACGAAGACCAGUUGAGGCAAAUAAAGGAGAUGAAGGGUUUCCCGGUGUUGGACGACAAGUAG